AUGAAGUCCUUCACUUUCGCCGCCAUCUUCCUUCCCACCAUCACCCUGGCCCUUCCACAGCUUGAGACCGUCAAACGCUUCACCAACGGAACAAGCAAUCUAAACCCGCCACCCACCGACAUCGGUGCUGUCUGUACUCCCGCCAAAUACCAGUGCCGCCAUAAUCCAGACAACACCUGGAGCUGGGACGUCUGCAACACCUCGUCCAAGUGGGUGAACGGCGGCAACUGUGCGCCCACUGAGACCUGCGUCUUCAACUCCCUCAACGGGUCUCCCUACUGCGUGCCCAUCCCGCCCAAGGCCCCCGCCAAGGAGACCGCAAAUCAGUGCUUCCCUGGGAAGUACCAGUGCAGGUACGACGAAUCCAAGGGCUGGAGUAUUGAGACGUGCAACGACGCUGGUAAUUGGGGCCACACCCUCGACUGCGAGGCCUCUGAGACGUGCACUUAUAGUCCGGCGGCUGGGUAUCCUUACUGCACGUCGAAGUCUGAUAGUCGUGUUUGCACUCCUGGGACGUAUCAGUGCAGCUAUGUUCAAGCUUGGGGCUGGGAUAUUUGCUCUACUGAGGGCAAGUGGGUGAGGGGUGGAUCUUGCAAGACUGGCGAGACGUGCUCUUUCAACCCCCUGAACGGGUCUCCUUACUGCAUCUAA